UUUCAAUUCAGGCGUUCCAAUUACCUUGAAGCUAUCAACCCCAAAACGCCAUGAAGGCUCUCGAUCAGGAAGAUAAACAAGCAGUUUCUGAUACUGAUAUAUUCGAGGAGGAAGUCGAAUCUGGUUCAGCUGCUAAGAGAAAGGUAGAGACUGAUGACGCAUCUUUAGUUGCUUCCAUUGCUAAGAGACAAGAAACCUCUUAUGCUGACGUAGAAACUUCUGAUGCCGACGCUACCAUUGUACAUAAUGUUAAGGAAACCUUUAUUGAGUUUAGGUGUUCUUCUACUCUUGGUAGGAAGGAUGAGGAUAUGAAAGUUGAGCUUGCUAAACAUUUUCGUCCUGGAUCAGACGAAUACAAGAAGGCACUUGGAAUGGUCGGUAGUUUUUUGCAGAGAUAUUGUAAGGCUGGGAAUUCUGAUGAUGUUAAUAGCAGGGAGGUGAUUGUGGAGUCUGUAUUUUGCCGAGAUGGUCGUCUUUUGACUUCAUUCAUGUAUUGAGUGAAAAUCGUUAGGGUUUAUUAUGAAAUAGUUUUAGACUAACCUAAGAACACUUGUGCUUGACUCAAUCUUUGUUGUCUCAAUCCGCUAUUUGGUUGUGAAACUUUAUUUUGCAUGAUUAGACUGCAGGACGUAUUGCAUUUUCGUUGCUUAAUACAUUUUCGUCUCUUUAGCCUCUUGCUUGUAUAUAAGGUUUUAAUGAAUCAUCAUAAGUGGAUGUUGGAUAAUAAAAUGGGCUUGGUCUUGGC